AUGAAGGGAUUUACCAAUCCAGUGGACACUAUAGAUGAAGAAUCUAAUAAUCCACGUGUUGAGAAACUUUCUCGUGAAAUUUCAAUCAACGUGACAGAUUUAAAUUAUUUAAGAAGAAAUUCAAGAUCUGUUCCGAAUUUAAAUGAAGCUCGUAGAUUUAGCGUAAAUUUAGCUCAACUCACAAGGGAAGUUCUUCCACGCUUAGAUAACUAUCGAAAAUCAGUAGGAGCUGCUCAAAGACCAUCGUUGGGUGAACUCCACGGAGAUUCUCAACGGAAAUCUGAAGCAAUCAAUCACGUGGAUCACACGCCAAAAGGUCACGGACAUUUCAAGCUAGGAUGGAUUCAGGGUGUUUUGAUACCUGUCCUAUUGAAUAUAUAUGGCGUUAUGUUGUUUCUUCGUAUGGGUUGGAUUCUGGGUCAAGCUGGAAUAAUUGAAACAUUAAUAAUAAUAAGUAUUUCCGCAAUUGUUUGCCUCAUAACGACUUUGUCUCUCUCUGCCAUUUCUACGAAUGGCGAAGUGCAAGGUGGGGGAAUUUAUUACAUCAUUUCGAGAUCUUUGGGACCAGAGUUUGGCGCUUCCGUUGGUGUAGUGUUUGCAUUCGCCAAUGCAGUUGCAGCUUCAAUGAAUACAAUCGGAUUUUGUGACUCAUUAAAUGGAUUACUUCAUUCAUACGGAAUAAAAAUUAUCGAUAAUGGUGUCAAUGACACAAGAAUUAUCGGUACCAUUGCCCUUAUAAUUAUGAUUGUCAUUUGUGCUGUUGGUAUGGAAUGGGAAGUGAAAGCACAAAAUGUUUUGGUCUUAGUGAUCGCUGCUGCAAUUAUAAAUUUCUUAGCCGGUGUGAUUCUUGGACCAUCAAAUAGCGAAGACAUCUCUAAAGGAUUUGUAGGAUUCUCAUCAGAAGUUUUUCUGUCAAACCUCAAACAAGAUUAUCGAUUCAGCGAAGGCUUGAAUCAAAAUUUUUUCACAGUUUUUGCAAUCUUUUUCCCGAGUGUGACUGGAAUUCAAGCUGGUGCGAACAUUUCUGGAGACUUAAAAGAUCCAGCAAAAUCGAUUCCCAAAGGAACUUUAUUAGCUUUACUCAUUUCAAUGGCAACUUACUUAAUAUUCGUAUUUUUUGUUGGGGGAGCAGCUUUGAGAGAUGGUUCAGGUAUAGCAGCUGAAGUGAUCAACCACAAUAUGCCUUACAACUUUAGUUGCAUAGCAAAUCAAACUUGCGAAUACGGUAUACAGAAUAGUUUCUCAGUUAUGCAGUUGAUGUCAGUAUCGAGUAGUUUAAUAUAUGUUGGAUGUUUUGCUGCAACCCUUAGUACAGCACUUACAAACUUACUUUCGGUCCCUCGCCUUGUUCAAGCUUUAGGCGUUGAUAAAAUUUAUCCUGGUGUGAUAUAUUUUUCGAAAGGUUACGGAAAGAACGCAGAACCUUAUCGAGGAUAUGUAUUGACGUUCAUCAUUUCGGUAGUCUUCCUAUUGAUUGCUGAUUUGAAUGCAGUUGCACCGUUGAUUUCAAACUUUUAUUUGGCUGCCUAUGCGCUGAUAAAUUUUUGCACUUUCCACGCUGCUUUUGUCAAACCGCUUGGUUGGCGACCUUCAUUCAGGUUCUAUAACGCAUGGUUGAGUCUUUUUGGAUUUCUUUUAUGUGUUACCAUAAUGUUCAUGCUGUCAUGGGUCUCGUCGCUGAUAACUUUCACAAUCAUUUUUGCACUUUAUCUGCUUGUGAUGUAUAGAAAACCUGAUGUAAAUUGGGGAUCAUCUACUCAAGAACAAACAUACAAAACCGCACUGUCUGCUGCACUUCGUCUUCAACGUUUGCGUGACCAUAUCAAAAAUUAUCAUCCUCAAGUUUUGGUUCUUGCGGGCUCGCCUCACACUCGACCACCACUCAUUGACUUAGGAAACUUAAUUACAAAACAUCAUUCAUUACUGAUUGUUGGAGACGUGCAUGAAGACAAAUUAUCUCAUAAAGCUCGCAUUGAACUGAUAGGUGAAGCACAGAAAUGGUUUGAUGCGAGGAAAAUUAAAGCUUUUUAUAAUUUGGUUGAUAAUGUUGAUUUUGAAAAUGGAGUCAGAUCACUUGUUCAGUCAAGUGGUUUUGGAAAAUUAUCACCAAAUGUUGUAUUGAUGGGCUUCAAAACUGAUUGGAAGUCAAGCAGUUCAUCAAAACUGAAAACUUAUUUCGAGGCUUUACACAACGCUUUUGAUUGUCGAAUGUCAGUAGCAAUUUUAUGCUUACCACAUGGCAUUGACUUUUCAGAUUAUUGUCCACAAUACAAAACCGCAGGUAUGAAACAUAGUCCAUCCGAAAAUUUCUCAUUAGGAGCGCAAUCAACCGAAGAAUUCACGAUCAAACCGCAAAAGUUUAUGUAUACGAACUCUAAUUUGAAUAUCGAAGGCAUGGAUACAUCAAGCAAUCACUCAACUGUUUGCCCUCAAUCUGUUCCUCUGCCUGCAUUAAACAAUAUAUCUUUGUGUGAUUUAAGUUAUGCCACUCGUGGUGGAACAUCAAUGACCAAAGAUGUUCAAGAUGCAAUGAAUUUUUUUCAAGAUAAACAACCGAAGGGAACAAUUGAUGUUUGGUGGCUUUACGAUGAUGGUGGACUAACAAUGCUCCUUCCUUAUAUAAUCUCAACAAGAUCAGCAUGGGCCAAUUGUAAAAUAAGAAUUUUUGCUUUGACGAACAGAAAGCAAGAAUUAGUGGUGGAAGAGAAAAAUAUGGCAAAUCUUCUAUCAAAACUCAGAAUUGAAUACGCUUGCCUCACAAUGUUACAAGGUGUUACUGAACAACCAAGAGAUGAAACUAUUAACAUGCAUAAAAGAAUUAUUGAUGGAUUUAUGGAAGGUCAAAAUGAAGAUAUUUUUAUAUCAUUUAAAGAGUAUCGAGAACUUCAGCAAAAAACCAAUUUACAGUUAAGAUUACGAGAAAUGCUGCUUGAACAUUCUCGUAAUGCUUCGUUGAUUGUUAUGUCUCUUCCAAUGCCAAAACAAGAUCAUGUUUCAGCACCACUUUACAUGUCUUGGAUUGAUAUGUUGACAUUGGAUAUGCCGCCAUUCCUGUUGGUUCGUGGUAAUCAAUCAUCAGUUUUGACUUUUUAUUCUUAA